CCAUGUUGUGUGUACUGUGGGAGACCAGAUAUAAUGAAUGCAGGGUCCUGGGAGAUCGGAUAUAGUGAAUGCGAGGGUCCGAGGAGACCGGAUAUAGUGAAUGCAGGGUCCGGGGAGACCGGAUAUAGUGAAUGCAGGGUCCGGGAGACCAGAUAUAGUGAAUGCAGGGUCCAGGGAGACCAGAUAUAGUGAAUGCAGGGUCCGGGGAGACCAGAUAUAGUGAAUGCAGGGUCCGAGGAGACCAGAUAUAGUGAAUGCAGGGUCCAGGGAGACCAGAUAUAGUGAAUGCAGGGUCCAGGGAGACCAGAUAUAGUGAAUGCAGGGUCCUGGGGAGACCAGAUAUAGUGAAUGCAGGGUCCGGGGAGACCGGAUAUAGUGAAUGCAGGGUCCUGGGGAGACCAGAUAUAGUGAAUGCAGGGUCCGAGGAGACCAGAUAUAGUGAAUGCAGGGUCCUGGGGAGACCGGGUAUAGUGAAUGCAGGGUCCGGGGAGACCAGAUAUAGUGAAUGC